AUGGAUUUCAAUGCUGUCCUCCCUCCUCCUGGGGAAGAAGCCCAUGCUCUCAGCCAUGCAGGAGAAGAGAUGUUGCUGUACCAGGAACUUGACCAGCUCAUGAACGACCACCAAAAUCACCACUUCCUCAAUCAUUACUAUAUCUUAAUUUCCACUUCAGCGAAUUUCAUUCAAGCUCUCUCGAUCAUCAAUGCCUCUACUAUCUUCCUUUCGAAUUUUCAAGCAUCAACACCCAACAUUGAUUUUGCAGCUGACUUAGAGGAUGAGUGUGCUUGUUUGCAAGCCCUCACAUGCAAGAAGGAUGAAACUUCUGUUGAAGUGGAUUAUGUGAAGGCUCUUGUUGAUUUGGAAGAUGUGCAGUAA